UUUCAGCCAAUGAGCGGCCGGCGGCGGCCGUUCCUGGCGGCUGGUUGGUGCGUCAGGCAGGACGCCGUUUGUUGCCUCCUUCGUUCGCCUCGCUCGGGAGGGGAGGGGGGCAACCGGCCGCGCAGGGUAAAGCAUGGCUGCCAAGGUGGCUCUAACCAAGAGAGCUGAUCCAGCUGAGUUGAAAACAAUAUUUUUGAAGUAUGCAAGCGUUGAAAAAAAUGGUGAAUUUUACAUGUCUCCCAAUGACUUUGUCACACGAUUCCUGAAGAUAAUAGGAGAUGGAGUGCCUAAUCCCAACACAGUCCAGUUGCUAGGAGGUGUGGUGGAUCAGACUAAAGAUGGGUUGAUAUCCUUUCAAGAAUUUGUAGCAUUUGAAUCUGUCCUCUGUGCUCCAGAUGCAUUAUUCAUGGUGGCAUUCCAGCUUUUUGACAAAACUGGUAAAGGAGAAGUUACUUUUGAGGAUGUUAAACAGGUUUUUGGCCAGACCACAAUUCACCAGCAUAUUCCAUUUAACUGGAAUUCGGAGUUUGUGCAGCUGCAUUUUGGAAAAGAUCGGAAAAGGCGCCUAACGUAUGCAGAGUUCACCCAGUUCUUACUGGAAAUUCAGCUGGAACAUGCCAAACAGGCUUUUGUACAGCGAGAUAAUGCACAGUCUGGAAGAGUCACUGCCAUUGACUUUAGAGACAUUAUGGUUACAAUCCGGCCUCACAUGUUGACACCUUUUGUUGAAGAAUGUCUAGUAGCUGCUGCUGGAGGUACCACUUCUCAUCAAGUCAGCUUUUCCUAUUUUAAUGGAUUUAAUACCCUUCUUAAUAACAUGGAACUCAUUAGAAAAAUCUAUAGUACUCUGGCUGGAAAUAGAAAAAAUGUGGAAGUUACUAAAGAGGAGUUUGUUCUGGCAGCUCAGAAAUUUGGCCAGGUUACACCCAUGGAAGUUGACAUCUUGUUCCAGUUAGCAGAUUUAUAUGAGCCACGGGGGCGCAUGACGUUAGCAGACAUUGAAAGAAUUGCUCCUCUGGAAGAGGGAACGUUGCCCUACAACCUGGCUGAGGCUCAGAGACAGCAAGCUCCUGGUGAUGUGUCUCGUCCUAUACUCAUACAGAUAGCAGAAUCUGCCUACAGAUUUGCCCUUGGCUCAGUUGCUGGAGCUGUUGGAGCCACUGCGGUAUAUCCAAUUGAUCUUGUGAAAACUCGAAUGCAGAACCAGCGCUCUACUGGGUCUUUUGUGGGGGAGCUGAUGUACAAGAACAGCUUUGAUUGCUUUAAGAAAGUGCUCCGCUAUGAAGGAUUCUUUGGGCUCUACAGAGGUCUUUUGCCACAAUUAUUGGGAGUAGCCCCAGAGAAGGCCAUAAAACUUACUGUAAACGAUUUUGUGAGAGACAAGUUCAUGACCAAAGACGGUUCUGUUCCUCUUGCAGCAGAAAUUCUUGCUGGUAGCUGUGCUGGAGGCUCUCAAGUGAUUUUCACUAAUCCACUAGAAAUUGUCAAGAUUCGACUGCAAGUGGCUGGAGAGAUCACAACGGGCCCACGUGUUAGCGCCCUUACUGUACUGCGGGACCUUGGAUUUUUUGGCCUCUACAAGGGAGCCAAGGCAUGUUUUCUUCGCGACAUCCCCUUCUCUGCCAUUUACUUCCCCUGUUAUGCUCAUUUGAAAUCUGCUUUUGCAAAUGAAGAUGGACAGGUAGGCCCUGGAUAUUUACUUCUGGCUGGCGCAAUUGCCGGAAUGCCUGCGGCUUCCUUAGUGACCCCUGCAGAUGUGAUCAAGACAAGGUUACAGGUGGCAGCCCGUGCAGGCCAAACUACCUACAGUGGUGUCAUAGACUGCUUUGGGAAGAUCUUACGAGAGGAAGGUCCAAGAGCUUUUUGGAAAGGAGCUGCAGCUCGUGUAUUUCGCUCUUCUCCUCAGUUCGGGGUAACCUUGGUGACCUAUGAGUUACUACAGAGAUGGUUUUACGUUGAUUUUGGAGGAGUAAAACCAGCAGGAUCUGAGCCAGUUCCCAAGUCAAGGAUCACCCUACCUGCGCCCAACCCUGAUCACGUUGGGGGUUACAAAGUGGCCGUUGCCACGUUUGCAGGGAUUGAAAAUAAGUUUGGACUGUACUUACCUCGGUUUAGGUCUUCACCACCUACCUCACAGGCAGCAUCUGUUGCUUGAUCCUAAGGCAAUUAUAUGCUUUUACUGGGAGUUGUGGAAAGAGCCAUUUGUCUGAUCAGUCUUCAUAUGUUGUUGCUUUAGCUUUUCUGUCUCAACGAAGCAUCAUCUGGGUUGCUAGUCUUUCUUCUCUUCCUCCUCCUCCCGCUUAGAGUAAAUCAUUGGUCUUUGGGCUUCCUUUGUCAGAUCACUGUGAAAUCCUUGCUGAAGUUGGGUUUUUUUGUUUGGGCCCAUGAGUGUACUUUUUAUCUUUCUUUCCUACUUGCACAUAUUUGGGAUUGUGAAUGUACUUGAGGCUGGUUUGGGAGAAGCAUUCAUCUGUAAUUAUUUUCUCUUUCCUGGGGAGUCUGGUGGUGGACAGAUGGGGAAAGCUGUGAAAUACAGCCACCUUGCAUUCACAUGAGGACUGCUCUGCCAGUGUGGCUGCAUACUGGAUAUUACAGUGUCAUUUAAAUAUGUAUUCAGCAGAGAUCAUGGUGCUCAAUGCAGAAUGAUUUAGACCGUGUGUGCGUGUGUGAAUUGGUUACACAUUCAGCCUGUGUCUGUACUGUAGGCUUCAAAAGAUGUCAAUAUGGGCAGUACCUGACUCUGCCAGUGUGACUGUGUUUUACAUAUGUACAUGUACAAGUUCCAUUCCUGGAUUGUAUUAUGAGGCUUUUAUGGGUAACAUGUUUUUGUAACAGAAACCACAUCUACAAAUGUUUAGCAAUUAGAUUCUGUUUCUGGUAUCAGAAUGCCUGGGUGGGGUGGGGGAGAGAGAAAUGUAAUUUUCCAUUGACUGUGCACUUUAUGAAAGAAAAGCUGAGCAUCUUAUUACACACAGGGGAAUUUCAAUACCAGGGGCAUGAUCCACCAAGUGACAUAGCUGCACAUUCUUCAUUCUUUUCAGUGCUGUUUGCUCAGGAUUCCUGUGCAAUCUCCAUCUGUGUGAAUAAAGAAUGCAUCCAAGGGACCUAAAUUGGACCUGUUGAUCUCUGGAUUCUUGUUUUUGUGUUAUGCACUUAGAGUAACUGCUGCUUGUUUAAAUACAUGCAAUAGAAAAAUCCAUACACUCUAUCAAUGGUAUCUGCCUUAACUGCCAGCUUGUAAUUGGAAAAUACUUGUGUGAAAAUUCUUAUUAACUUUGUUGAAUUAAAAGAGAUUUUUUUAAAAAGAUCAGAAUAAAAUAUUUUGCUUA